AUGGCUAAUAUAGCUUGGUGUAACAUUGUCAUUUUCUUGUUAGUCUCGUUGUUUCUUGCUAACUAUGUUGUUGUUCUUGAGGCCUUGCACUACCUCCCCAAUCAAAUCAAGAACCAGCCUUACCGGACCGGUUAUCAUUUCCAACCUCCCAAAAACUGGAUGAAUGGACCUAUGAUAUACAAAGGAGUCUACCAUCUCUUUUACCAAUGGUACCCAAACGGCGCCGUUAUGAAAGUUAACGAAAUCGUGUGGGGACACGCCACGUCAACGGACCUCAUCAACUGGACCCCACAUCGUCCAGCGAUCAAACCAUCUCGACCGUCCGAUAUAAACGGAUGCUGGUCCGGCUCCGCCACGAUCCUCCCCAAUGGCAAACCCGUAAUUCUCUACACCGGCAACGACCGUUACAACCAUCAGGUCCAAAACCUAGCGAAACCCAAGAACCUAACCGAUCCCUAUCUCCGACACUGGACCAAGUCGCCGGAGAAUCCCCUCGUGACGGCUAACCGUGUCAACCACAUCAACUCCACGGCGUUUCGCGACCCGACCACCGCGUGGCUCGGCCGUGACGGCUGGUGGCGCGUGAUCACCGGAAGCCAAGAAGGUCGUCGUGGGUUAGCUCUUCUCUCCACGAGCCGCGAUCUCAUCGACUGGAAACAGUCGACGAAGCCUCUUCACUACAAAGACGGCACCGGAAUGUGGGAGUGUCCUGAUUUUUUCCCGGUGGCGAGAACUGAUUCACACGGACUCGAUACGUCGUCGUUUCGUGAGUCGGUUAAGCACGUGCUUAAAGUGAGCUUGACGGACACGUUUCACGAUUACUACACGAUUGGUACGUACGAUCGUGUAAGAGAUGUAUAUGUACCGGACCAUGGUUUUGUUCAGGACGAGACAGCUCCGAGGUACGAUUACGGAAAGUUUUACGCGUCGAAAACGUUUUACGACUCGGUUAAUCAACGGAGGAUACUGUGGGGUUGGGUUAACGAGUCGUCGCCAGAGAAAGAUAACAUCAAGAAGGGUUGGGCCGGUUUACAGGCGAUUCCGAGGAAAAUAUGGCUUGAUGAAUCAGGGAAGAGAUUGUUGCAAUGGCCGGUUAAGGAAACAGAGAGGUUACGUACGACGCAAGUCAGGUGGGAAAACAGAGUAUUGGCGGGAAGAGGAUCGGUCAUUGAGGUUUCUGGUGUCACAGCUUCACAAGCAGAUGUUGAGGUUUUGUUCAAAGUAAAUGGUUUAGACUUAGAGAAAGCAGAUGUGAUUGAACCGGGUUGGACCGACCCGCAAUUGAUUUGUAGUCAGAAGAAUGCCAAUUCGGUUAAGUCUGGUUUAGGUCCGUUCGGAUUAAUGGUUAUGGCAUCCAAGAACUUGGAAGAGUACACAUCGGUCUAUCUCAGAAUCUUCAAAGCUCGUAAGAGUAGUAAGGAUCACGUGGUGCUUAUGUGUAGUGACCAAAGCAGAUCGAGUUUAGAGAAAGGGAAUGAUAAAACAAGUUAUGGUGCUUUUGUGGAUAUCUCUCCUUACCAACCAAUCUCUCUCAAGACUUUGGUUGAUAAGUCAAUAGUGGAGAGCUUUGGUGGGAAAGGGAAAGCAUGUAUUACAUCAAGAGUUUAUCCAAAAUUGGCAAUAGGAGAAAGAACACAUCUCUUUGUUUUUAACAAUGGAUCUCAGAAUGUUGAUGUUUUAAGCCUAAGUGCUUGGAGCAUGAAGUCUUCUCUCUAA